CCGCCCGCCGCGCGCCAUGCCGCGAGUGUCGUGAACAACCAUGGGUGUCACACUAGUGUUGCUGCUCGUCGCAGGAGCAUCAGCAACAUGCCGAUUUCCAGGCGCCCCCGCCCACUCCCACGUUACGUUCUCCGACGAGGCCCUCGAGGAGGGGGCCAUUGCGACUUACGCGUGCGAGCGGGGCUUCGAGCUACUGGGCCCCGCGAGGCGGGUCUGCGGAGACAAUGGGAGGUGGAGCCCUGAUGGAAUACCAUUUUGCGUUCUCAACGUGGCAGCAGGCAAAGCGCCUAUGCAAGUGUCCACUGAAGACUCGGGCGUCCCACAGAGAGCGCUGGAUGGCAGCACUUCGUCCGCCUACAACCCUGAGACCUGCACGCUGACGAAACAAGAACGCGUGCCGUGGUGGUACGUGAAUCUACUCGAGCCGUAUAUGGUCCAGUUGGUGCGGUUGGAUUUCGGGAAGCCAUGUUGUGGAGCGAACAAGCCAGCAGUGAUCGUGGUACGAGUCGGCAACAACCGACCAGAUCUCGGCACCAACCCCAUCUGCAACCGGUUCACCGGCUUCCUAGAGGAGGGGCAACCACUCUUCCUACCAUGCAACCCCCCCAUGCCUGGGGCGUUUGUCAGCGUCCAUCUAGAAGCUUCUACGCCCAGCCAGCUGUCUAUAUGUGAAGCUUUCGUGUAUACGGAUCAAGCAUUGCCCAUUGAAAGAUGCCCACAAUUCCGAGAUCAGCCCCCCGGCAGCACGGCCACCUACAACGGCAAAUGCUACAUCUUCUACGAUCGGCAGCCGACCAACUUCCGCGAUGCCAUCGCGUUUUGCCGCGCACGAGGCGGAUCGCUGGUUGACGAGAGCAACCCGGCGUUGCAAGGGUUCAUCAGCUGGGAGCUUUGGAGGAGGCAUAGGAGUGACAGCAGCAGCCAGUACUGGAUGGGGGCCGUCCGUGACCCUCAGGACCCGAACAACUGGAAGUGGGUGAACGGCAAUGACGUCACAGUGUCCUUCUGGAACAGCGUCCCGGCUGGCGGCGAGGGCUGUGCGAGGUUCGAUGGCAGCAAGGGAUGGCUUUGGGCUGACACCGACUGCCAGGCUAAGCUGAAUUUUAUCUGCCAGCACCAGCCGAAGGCCUGCGGGCGUCCCGAGCAGCCGCCCAACUCCACUAUGAGUACGGACUCCUUCGAAGUGGGCGCUGCUGUUCAGUACUCAUGCGAUCCUGGUCAUCUGCUCGUCGGACCGACUGUCCGUACGUGUCUCGACACCGGGUUUUACACGGAGUUCCCGCCUGUUUGCAAACGAAUCGAAUGCGGCUAUCCAGCUGAGAUCGCUCACGGUUCGUACACGCUCCUGAAUGACUCCGUGUCGUACCUGUCACAUGUGCAAUACGAAUGUAACGAGGGCCACGAGAUGGUGGGCAGGUCGCGACUCGUCUGCGAUAUCGAUGAGAGGUGGAAUGGACCCCCGCCGCGAUGCGAUGUGGUCCACUGCGAGCCACCACCGCAAAUCCCGAACGGGCGCGUAACGCUGUCGCACAACGCGUCAGUAUUCGGCGCGGUGGCAGAGUACGCGUGCGGCCGCGGGCUCCGGCUUGUGGGCGCGCGCCGCGCCAGCUGUCUCGCGAGCGGCGUCUGGGACCAGCGGCCGCCGACGUGCCAGCCCGAAGAGCGCUCAACAACAACAACAACAACAACGACAACCCUCCCUCCCCCCACCACGCCCUCCCCUACCACCCGUGUAACCCGUCCGCCGCCCACGCGCCCCCGCUCAACCCCCCGGCCGGCGCCGACGCCGUUCGUAACGCCGGAGACACGCCGACCCCGUCCUAAGACGACGGAGCGGCCGACAACGAGAUACGAGACGAAGGUCACGGAUGCCCAGGAAUCGCCCACUAGCCAUGUGCCGCAUAUUAUUGUGGCUAGUCAUCCUAGGGAGAAUCAAAUCCUAGGCAGCGGUAACAACAUCCGCGCCGAACAAACUCCUCGAGUGAACGUGCCACAGUCAGUCGACGGCGAGCGGCGGGAGCCAGUCGGCGCGCGCCUCAACCUCGGCGCCGUCGUCGCUCUGGGCGCGUUCGGCGCGAUCGUGUUCCUCGUAGCGAUCAUCACUACCAUCGUCAUUUUGGUGCGGAGAAAGCACCACGACGGCAAGCGCUACCGCCAUCACGUAUCCCCCGACUGCAACACCGUCGCGUCCCUGGACUCCUCCUCCUCAGAAUCCCGCUCCGGUCUCAACAGGUACUACAGACAGGCCUGGGAGGAACUCCACGAGGCCACAGGCGCUAAGGGCAGGCGGCACGACCGGGAGGCCCCGAAGGACGGGUCGGAACUCGUCGUGUCGGACGUGUAUCCCGCGCCGCGGGACAAGAGGAGACAUCACCAUCACCACCACCAUCGCCAGCCGAGGCAUCCUGACUGGCAUUCGCCGCAUCGUCCGCAGCAUAACCAUAAGCCAAGGUAUUGAUUUUGGAAAUCGUUUCAGCCUGUGGUGAAGAUAGGUGCGGGUCGUUUCACCUAAACUGGCAUGGAUGAACAAAAAUUUGAUUGUUUGAGUGACACCUGUCGUAACUGUCAAAGGUCAGGGCCAUUUUCAUUCACUCAUUCGUUCCAUUCGCGGCUCUUGUGGAUUGACUUUAUAAUUUGUAAUUGGUUUUGUAAUAGUGUAACUUUGCCCGGUGUAAAGUUACACUUCUUUUACGAAACUUUAAGGUUGAAAUGGUUAUAUGAAACCAAGGCUGAAACGGUUUUUAGACAUUAUUUAAAUAUGGCUUCUUUUCGGCUCGAAAAGGCGUUAGAGUAUAUGAUGAGUAGGUAUUAUAUAUCACUGUGAAGAAAAGUAAGAUGACAUGACUUUGUACAAAGCUCGUCCGUUCAAAAUUAAAUAAUAAGUAUAUACUUAUGAGUUAAUGUAGGAAAGUAGUAUUAUUAUAUUUAUGUAUCUGUCAAAAUGUACCUACAUAACUUAAUAUUGAACCAUAAUUUAUUAUUUUCAUAACCAUCAUAAUUUACAUUGAGACAUCAAGUAAAAUAGAACUACAUAAAGUAUAUAUGUAUAUAUAGUACUUCUAUUCAUUCUAAUUUGGAUCACUAAAUAACAUGAGAAAAUCGCAAAGAACGUAGGUAAGUAAUUAACAUAUUAUAAAGUGCUGUGAAUACUGACAAUUUUGCCCAGUUGACAAAAAUAUGAAUCAGUAUUUUUUUUUUCUUAAUUUAAGCUCAAGUAUAACAGUUAAGUAACUGACUUUUUUUCUUAGACACACUGCGACAUGCAAGCAUGUCUCUCUUGACUGUCCUCUCAUUUGUAACGAAUCUACAAUUAUGAGUCUAUAUAUUUAAUAGAAUUCAAUAAUUGGCUAUUUAUUAUUCCUAUUAGGCUGAUAUUAAUAACAAUAUAAUAUUAUGGUUAUUUUCAUAUUCUGUCUUGAGUACUUAAAAGGUUAUUUUUGUAUGUCCGUCAGUGGCAUAGCAUCCAGGAAUUGAGAUUAUAAGAUAUUAUAAUCUCAAUUCUAAUUAUUCUAGGUAUAUUAUUAUACUUAUAUGAUAUAAAUAUAUUUAUUUGGCUGACGAUGCUUUGUUCAAAGUCUAGUACGGAACCAAAUAGCUAUUUAAACAAUUGUUAUUUGUUAAUUAUGUUUAGACCUUAAUAUAAGGGAUUUAAUAAAAAUUACUAUCUAUAUUAUAACUAUUCAUAAAUGUUUUCAUGACGCAUACAACGAAGUUCGUAAAAUGAGACUGUUUCAUACAUUCCUAAUGAUAUGAUUGACACCUAUUACUAUAAUAGUCGACUAUUU